UAGUGAUCUUCGUAUGAAGACAGUUGCCAUCAAGAAGAAGAAGAAGAGGAAGAAGAAGACCACGUGCGUCUGUUUAGUUUGACAUUUCGAGCAUGGCAGUCGAUCUGGGAUUCGUGGAGAAAUGCGAGUCCUGGCGGCUCGAGAGCAGAUUCUUCCCCAGCAAAGCAGGUGGCAAGCCGGCCUGGAUCGAUCUGCGAAAUAUUCCCGCCAGGAGCGACCUGGAGUGCGACUAUUGUGGCAAUCCCUGCGUGUUUCUUUGCCAGAUCUACGCGCCGUAUGAAGAGGACGCCGGUGCCUUUCACAGGACCGUAUACGUCUUUGUGUGCAAAAAUGCAGACUGCUGUAGGCCGAAUCAGAGUGGAAACUUACGGGUCUUCCGAUCGCAGCUGAGUAGAGUAAACGACUUUUAUCCGGCCGAGCCACCUGUGGAACAGGAGGACUGGGGAACGGAUAUUGACGUAUCACGGUGGACAAAGACGUGUCAUGUGUGUGGGAUUUUGGCGCCCAGUCACUGCGGCAAGUGUAAGGUUGUCAAUUACUGUUGUCGCGUGCAUCAAGUAUACGACUGGAAGAAUGGACACAAAGAUGUAUGCGGCGUUGAAGCGAGAAACUGCAGCAGUUUUCUGUUCCCCGAAUACGAGAUCGUGAUGGAGAGCGACGACGCCGCGAAGGAGGCCGAUCUUAAAAGUGAACAGAAGGAGAUGGACAAGUACAAUGCGAUGGUACAGGACGGCAGGGCUGGGACGUUUCAGCACGAAGACGUUAACGACGAUUUACUACAGAUGGCUAGUGAAGAAAAGGACGAAACGUUUGCGGAGUUUCGUAUGAAAAUGGACAACUACCCGGAUCAGAUUUUGAGAUAUGACAGAGGAGGAAAAGUUUUGUAUAUUUCGUCACAUAAUCGGAUAACGGACGUACCGAAAUGUCCAGAGUGCAAUGGCGAUAGGCAAUUUGAAUUUCAAAUUAUGCCACAGCUGUUAAAUUUUCUCGACUUGAAAGAUGUCAAAUGCCUUGAUUGGGGAAUAUUGGCUGUUUUUACAUGCAGACAAUCUUGUGUACCUAAGGAUAAGUAUAUAAGAGAAUAUAUAUGGAAGCAGGACAUUGUGCAGGAGGAAAUUGAAUCAAGAAUAAACCAAGACACGUAAAUAUACCGGAUUUUGUUUAAUAAUUAGAAACCUUUAACUUUCUCCUACAUUUUAUCGUAAAAAAGUUGAGAUAUUAUUUCAUCAUUAAAAGUUUAUUUGUUUAUCACAUAAACUGUAAGGGGGCGAAUAAACGUUGAUUAGUAAGUAUGUAAAAAGAAACUAAUGACACGGUAUGAAAAAGGUAAAAAAUUUUUAAUAAUUAUAUUUUUAGAUAUUUUAGAUAAUUCUUAUCUAUUUUUUUAUGAAUAAUGGACAAGGUUUACAAUUCGUUUAAGAGAUAUUUGCAUAAUGUCGAUAUUCCAUAUCUCUAAAUUAAGGUUAUUCUUUGUAAUUUAAUAUGAACCAUUUUGGAAACUAGAUGUUUUGAUAAAAAAAUUUCGCACCCGAGAUUCGAAUGUUCUAUAACUGAUUCCAAAGGUAUAUUUCUUUGUGUAUGGAGCCAGUAUUCAGAUGUAUGCAUUUAAAUGUCUUUCUCUUUGUCUGACAUGUUGCAUCACAGUUCUACUGGUAUAAACAUCUGACUAUCAUCUGACCACGUCUGAUUUGAUGUACUAAAAAAAAUGGAUGCAUUAAAAUUUGGAUAUGUUGAAU